UACCAGAUUACCCGAGGUAGCGGGAAGUAAAUUUAAUUUUAAUUAGUGUGGAAAAUUUACUGAAAUCGUGGAGUUAUAUAGGAUGCAGCAUCAUCCCGAUCCGACAUAUAUGCCGGAAGUGCCCUUCCAGCCUUUGUGGGGCCAGGAGGCGCCGCCUCCCCCACCAAUUGUACCAUAUCAGGAAUUGAUCACUGGCUUUCCAUGCACCGACUUAGCUCUUUGGCAACGCUCGCAGGUAAGCAGUUUGGUUAGCAACCAGCGCUCGUCGAAUAAUCGCAAUAACCACCAUUCAGAAUCGACCAAUGGAACAUCAACCAAGAAGACCCGGCGACGAGUGGCAUCAAUGGCGCAGCGCCGAGCAGCCAACAUCCGCGAACGCCGACGGAUGUUCAAUCUCAAUGAAGCAUUUGACAAAUUGCGCCGCAAAGUACCAACGUUCGCCUACGAGAAAAGGCUCUCACGCAUCGAGACUCUACGCCUAGCGAUAACCUACAUAGGCUUCAUGACCGAACUCUUAACUGGCGCCCCAAUGCCCACACAUAAGGCACGCUCGGCCGAUAUUUAUACGGGCAUGAAUGGACAUCAUCAUCCGGGCGCUAUGGGACACCACCACCUACACCCGGCGGCAUUCCAAAGAGACUUUGUGUCGCCAUAUAGUCAUAGUUUGAGCUAA